CAUAGAGUAAAUUUAGUUGAGAGCUAACAACAAAUGGCUGCUCCUUCUACACCCACAACCGCCCUGCUUUCAAAUGUUUCUGGCUACACUGCGACGUUGGUUGCGUCGACCUAUGAAGGUGCUCCUAACGUCAUUAAGAGCGGUGACCCACCCUCUGAAUUCCCCCAGAAUACAUCGGUCGAUACUUUCGGAUCUGUUAUGUAUGCUAUCGAAAAUACAGCUAUGUGGAUCGUUGUUUGGACCGCUAAUAAUCAAGUGGCUACCAAGAUCCUUCGUGCUGGUACCCCUGCUAUUUGGAAAGAUAUCUGGGACACCAUUCAACGCGAUCACACCGAGGAUUCGAAUUCCACGGCCUCCGGUUGGGUAUACAACUCGGUAGUAGAUAUAAGUUCAAAUGGUGAUGCUCAAAUCUUAAGGGCCACACUCUCGUCUGCUCCUAUACCCACAACCAUCAAGCUCGAAAAUGUUUGUGGCGACACUUUAAUGUUGGUUUCGUCGACCUAUGAAGGCGCUCCUGGCGUGAUUAAGAGCGAUGCACCACCCGUUGUAUUCGAGCAGGAUACAUCAAUCAAUGCUUAUGGAUCUGUUGUGUAUGCUAUCGGAAAGAUAGCCACGUGGGUCGUUGUUUGGACCGCUAAUAAUCAAGUCACUACCUCUAUCCUUCCAUCGGGUACCACUGUUAUUUGGGAAGAAAUCUGGCAAAACAUUCAACCAGACCAUGCCGAUGAUUCGUACAUCACGAGCUAUAGUUGGGGAUACAAUUCAGAAGUAGAUAUUAAAUCAAGUGGUGAUGCUCAAUCCUUAAAUGCCACGAUCUCCUCUUUUCCACUUCCAAAUUAAGCUACCUUUGCUUAAUCACUCAUUUCGGCUGUCGAAACUAAAUAAAACAGUAU